AUGAUUAAACUUGUGAGGCUCCCCAAGUUGCCUCGCUUUGCAAGUGCCACCACCACUACCACCACCAGACUCUACCACUCAACUGACCAUAUAGGCACCAACACAAUCAUAAACCCCAACCUCAUUGAAUCAAAAGUCUUGACUAGAGCCAUUGAUUAUAUCCCACAAUAUGGGUUCCACCCCAAAACAAUCUCCAAAGCAAUACAUGACUUGGACUACCCUGACUCAUUGAUUCUGGUAUUCACUACAUCACCUAGUGGAUAUUCACUCUCUAUGCAGUUGAUGUUGUUUUGGUUGAAAUUGAAACGACAAGAAUUGGAAUACUUUGCAAAAGAUAAAAUAGCUAUUGAGACAAACGCCGAUGCUAUUGCUACUAAUACCGCUAGCGCCGGGACAUCUGAGGGUGAUAAAUUGAAACAAUUGAUAAAGUACAGAUUACAACUAAACACCCCCAUCAAAUCUCAAUUAUCACAGGGUCUAAGUCAAUUAAUCGUGCCCUACAACAUAUCAGCCUCCUUGGAAGAAUUGCUCCAAUUGGGCGAUGAUAUAGCUUAUUACGCAGGAGACAAGUCAAAUGAUUUCGCAUGGUACCUGAAACGAGCAGCAAUCUGUGGCAUUUACGUCAAGAGUGAAUUGUUUAUGUUGCAAGAUCAAACUGCAGAUUCACAAUUGACUAAUCAGUUUGUUGAUUCUAAAGUUGAUGAUUUUGUUGCCAUGGGCCAGGGUUUUAGUAAUGUUGAACAGUGGAUUGAGUUUAAUGCUUUUGGAUUAGUUAAUUUGAUUAAAUCGCAAUUAGCAAGAGGGUAG